GCUUGUGUGGUCGGCAGUGAUGAUCGGUUCUUAUUUUUGUGUAUUGACUUUUGAUGUCCGAGGUUGGUCUCAUUAUCUGUAUGGCAUACGCCAACAUAAGUGUGCGAUAGUAUGUGAUGGGCCUUCAGUGAGAUGGUGAAAAAGUGAAAGGAUACAGGCUGCAUACGGAAGAUUUCAAGUUUUGUGUUUUAAACAAACUGAGGUAUUUUACAAUGGUCCUGUGAUAUGUUACAAUGGCCCAGCGAUAUGUUACAAUGGGCCAGGCAUAUCUUACUAUUGUCCAAUCAUAUGUUACAAUGGUCAAGUCAUAGGUUACUUUUGUCCAAUCAUAUGUUACAAUGGUUCAGUCAUGGGUUACUAUUGUCCAAUCAUAUGUUACAAUGGUCAAGUCAUAGGUUACAAUUGUGAGUCAUAGGUUACAAUGGUCAAGUCAUAUGUUACAAUGGUGAAGUCAUAGGUUACAAUGGUCAAGACAUACGUUACAAUGGUCAAGUCAUAGGUUACAAUGGUCAAGACAUACGUUACAAUGGUCAAGUCAUAGGUUACAAUGGUCAAGUCAUAUGUUACUAUUGUCCAGUCAUAUGUUGGAGGGUUGCGGAGGGGGUGGCAGUUUCGGCCAACUGCUGAGUUAUUUUUGUGGAAGGGGGUGGUGGUCCGAAAAGCUUGUUCCGCAACAAGUGGCACUAACCCUAGCUACGCCACUGUGCGUACAUCAAAUAUUAAGAGUUGAGCUACAUACAAUCCGUGGCAGAGGUUUCCCAAAUGCCGGAUCGCGACCCGGUUACUGCUUCACAAAAGGGAAAAGACCUAGUCGCGAAAAAGAAAAGUGCUCGAAAACUGAGCUACGCAUUUGUUUGAGAGUUUUUUUUAAAGUUCUCCAUUCGAUGCCCUAAAAAUAACAGUAAGUUUCGUUGACUCGGGACAAGAUGGCGAAUGUUUGGCCAUCUUAUUGUUCGGAGAUGAUUAGCAAACAAGAAAGGUCCGUUAAAAAAAUAUCCAUUCAAUCAUCACAACGUUAAGUUGGUGACGUCACAUGCAUGGCCAAAAGUUGUGUGGUCUUUUAAUGUAAAAUGUCCACCCACCUGCGCUUGGAAAUGUGAACGUAAAAGACCCCACAAAAACAAGUAGACAGGUGAAACAGAAAUUAAGGCCAAAAGGUUUAUAACCUGGAUUUGAGCAUACAAGGUUUCUUUCUUUCUCUUAACCUCAAGAUGCUUUGAUCUAAGGUAUUUGAAAUUGGUCCAAUGAUUUUACAAAAGGGCGGGAUAUUUUAAAUAAGUUUGAUUGUUUGUUGUGAUUUUUGUUGUGAUUUACGUUGAUAUAUUCUGACUUAACUCUGUUUGUAGGUUGAUGUAUAGUUGCUGGUAGUGUGCUAUUUGAGUGUGGAAUCAUCAUUUAAUUUUACAUCAAAGUAAACGUGUUAAAAUUCAUCGAAUCUCAACAAACUGUCAUCAAAUCUGAAGAAAACCAUCAAAUCUCAAAAAAACUUCAUCAAAUCUCAAACAACUUCAUCAAAUCUCAACAACAAUUCAUCAAAUCUCAACAAAAACAUCAAAUCUCAUCAAAAAUUCAACAAAACCAAAAAUAAAAUUUAAAAAAUUUGAUGAAAUCUAAAAAGCAAAAAAACAACAAAACAAAACAAAGUUCAUUUUUUUAAAAGCCCACAUAACAACUCAAGAAAUAUUAAACGCUUCAUUCAUGACGUAUGGUUGUCACCUUUCGCAAUAGGAACUAUUUUCAGGUAAAUAGGUCUACUGAACACUAUAAGCGUAAAACAUACUUAAGAAAUAGCCAUUAUCUCAUCCAUUCAUUAUCCCCCCCGCCAACACAUUACCCUCUCUCAAUCCCACUAUUUUAACUCUUACAGAAAGCAACAAGUCCUCUCCUCAAUAUUGACUCUCCGACAGUGUUCAAACAGACCUCCUUGCCCAUACCGUGACGCAUAAAUUCACGACCAUUGAACAUACCAGCAGAGGCGUGACGAGUGGUGCAUGUUAGGCCCAAAUGACAUACUGCCAACCGAAAUGCUGCUCCUUGCUUAGUGUUCUCGGCGAAUGACGCAAGCUGAAUCGGAAUAGGAAACAAGGAAAUAUCAUGUUUUGCAUGGCUUCUGGAUUUGUUCAUGUGUUCAACGCCAUGAGUGUACGUGUUUGCUGCAUCGUUGCCAUACUCUCAAUCGCCAAAUUCGCCACAGGUAAUUUACCAAUAGUGAAAACAUCAACUUUCCUUUCCAAUAACAGAAAUUCAAAAUGAAUAAAAAGUAAACUUUAGAAAGUAUACAUUUAAAGUGACGUUAGUUAUUGUUAGGCGAUCGUCCAGAAAAAAGUAAGUUCAUAGAUUGUUUAUUACCACAGUGAUAAUCUCUAUUUCAGCAUCUAAUCUCAUUCAAGUUCAUCUAUAGAUUGUUUAUUACCACAGCGAUAAUCUCUAUUUCAGCAUCUAAUCUCAUUCAAGUUCAUCUAUAAUAAAAUCAUAGCAUUUUUUUUUUUCAUUUCCGAAAUCUUAGAUUCAAUUAUUCAAGAAAUAUUGCUCUCUUAUUUCUACAUCAUUCAAUUAUUUGUACGUUUUCAGUCAAUGAAUAUUGAUUAUUUAAGUAAACGAACUUUAUAAUAUCUGCCAAAGAAUUAUAUCAUCUCUGACAAUGAAGUAUAUAAUCACUAGCAAUGAAGAAUAUAAUCUCUUCGAAUGAAGUAUAUAAUCUUCAGCAAUGAAGUAUAUAAUCUCUUCGAAUGAAGCAUAUAAUCUCUAACAAACCACGAACUAUUUACGUUGAACUAACUUAGGAAAUCACGACUGAUAUACAUGAAAAAUGUGCUGGAGGAAUAUUUACCAACUUUAAAUAACUCUAAGAGUGUACACCAAACACAUUUAUGAACCAGUAUUUCAAUAAAAAGUGUAUAGUAAACAAAUAGCAGAAAUGAAGACAAUCUACAAUGUUGUUUUUAUUAUUUUUCAAACAGAAAAUUAAUACAAUUUGAAGUUUCUUUGCUUCGACUUAUAAUUCUUUUCGUAUUUUUGAUCGUGUUUUUAUUUGGGUUUUUUUGGUUUGUGUUUGUUUUUUUUUGUUUUUUUGUUAUUUUGGUUUGUGUUUGUGCAUGCCUUAAAUAACACACGAAGUAAAACACUUUUCUAUAGCUAUAAAGAAUUACGAGUGCGUUUGGAGACUUGAAAUUAAAGCACACUUAUUAUUGCAUAGGAUAAUUAGGGUCAGUGGCAAUAGGUAAGGGUGUCCGCCGGUGGUGGUGGGGGGGGUGGUCCACCCCGGGUGGCACUUUUUUCUAUAAGUGGAUGGCGGGCAUAUUACAGCAAACUGCAGAGUUAUUUUAGUGGAAGGGGUGACAAAAAUCCUGAACCACCCUAGGCAGCAGUCACCCUAGUUACGACACUGAUAAGAGGAAAAAGGGGGGGGGGGCUGGGGGGCGAAGAUGGGAUCUUGUUUGGUAAAAGGAAAUAACUGACAGAAGGGGAGGAGUACGCCUGAAAGAACAACAACAAAUAAACAAACAAACAAUGAAACAAUAUACAUUGCCACCAACGGUAAACAAAAAGUCACGUGAUCGUGUUCUCCUCCAGGUGCCUACAACAACCAGUGCUUUCAGUGCACCAACUACGGGGGAGGGCAGUCCUACACCAAGUGCGCCAGGAACGAGUCCGCUGACAUUCGGUGGGCUUACUACGGCCCCUGUGACGGUCCUUGCUUUUACCGAGGGGAUGCAAACAAUAACGACUGUGAGUAUUAGUUUUCCCUACCUCCCCAGUGAUAGUUUUCCCUAUCAUCCCUAGUGAUAGUUUUCCAUAUCUUCUUCAGUGCUAUUUUCCCUAUCUCCCCCAGUGAUAGUUUUUCCCUAUAUCCCUCCAGUGACAGUUUUCCGUAUAUCCCCUCAGUGAUUGUUUUCCCCAUCUCCCCCAGUGAUAGUUUUUCCCUAUAUCCCUUCAGUGACAGUUUUCCGUAUAUCCCCUCAGUGAUUGUUUUCCCUAUCUCCCCCAGUGAUAGUUUUUCCCUAUAUCCCCUCAGUGACAGUUUUCCGUAUAUCCCCUCAGUGAUUGUUUUCCCCAUCUCCCCAAGUGAUAGUUUUUCCCUAUAUCCCCUCAGUGACAGUUUUCCCUAUCUCCCCAGCAAAAGUCUUGAACACUUUUCAAUAUCUCCGUCAAUGAUAAUUUUCCUUAUCCCCCCCUCCCCCCGUAAUAUUUUUCCUUAUGUCCCCCAGUGAAAGUUCCCCAUUGAUAGUUUACCCUAUCUUCCCCAUUGAAAGUUUACCCUAUCUUCCCCAUUGAUAGUUUACGCUAUCUUCGCCAGUGAUUGUUCGUGGAUGUGCCGCAUCAUUGGGCACUGUGCCGUCCCAGCUGCCACCUGACGGCUGCUAUGUCUGGAAUGGCGCCAUCUUUUGUGUGUGCUGGACACCCCUCUGUAAUAUGGCCAAACUGCCAGGUAAAGGUCGUUGUGUCAUUCGAGUUCGGGACUACGUGUGUAGUGGCCUGAAAACCUCUCUUCAAUACGGCCAAAUUGCCAGCUAGAUGAUGAUAGCACGGUUAUAGGUCAGGUCAACAGUUGGCUUGUUACAAUACAAACGGUUAAAUUUGAACGUUACAUUGGAUGACAUUAUUUUAGGAUAGAGAUAAAAAUUAGACUAUUUUGAAAACAUUUUUUCAGUUUUAAACAUAUUGUAUAGCAAAUGUAUAAAAAAUGUAUUGAAUAUCUUUGUUUAUAUAUUUAUACUUAUUGGUUCGUAACCACUCUCUCUUUCUCCCUCUCUUUCUCUCUCUUACUCUCUUUUGCUAUAGAUAAGUCCAGCGGUGUUUCCCUGGAUGCUCACCUGAGCGAUGUUGUAGAACCCAUUCGUAAGUUAUCAUUAUAAGAUUACACAGUAAUGCUCAACAUUAAUAGGUUACCGAAUAGGUAUGUAAAUGUAUAAGAUUACCACAUAGGUAUGUAUAAGAUUACACAGCAAUGCUCAACAUUAAUAGGUUAGCGUACAUGUAUAUCGUAACACACUUAAUCUUCCCACUGAGCGGUAACCAUCUCUCUGAUCAUCACAUUUGUUAUGAGUAGUUCACUAUUACAAAUGCCCAAUUAGAAGUAAAGUUUAUCUGUUUGAUAAUUAUAUAACACACCUUUAGCUGUUUCUACAUUUUAAAUUAAACAUCUCAUAAGAACAAAGUUUUUUCGUAUGCAUCUUGUAUGUGCAUUUUUUUAUUAUUUUAUUUUAUAUUAAUAUUCUACUUUCCCAAAAACUUGUACACCCCAGAUUUAUUUCACCAACUAUUUCUGAUAAUCAAAAGAAUAUGUUACGCACCAAGCGCACUGGCGAUAUAUUAACCAAAAAUAUCCUUCACCUCAGUUAUCGGGAAUUCAUUUCAUGAAAUCGGUGUCAUCAUAUUUCCUGUAUCUUCCCUUUGAAAAACACGAAACACUGAUUUUCAGGUUUUAGGACUGGGGGUGGGAGGAGGACGUAGGGCUGAAAAUAUGAAAGAAUGUAUUAUGAUCUGCAACGCAUCAAUGUGCCAAGUAGGCCUUGUGCCAAGUUUAAGCUCGAUAGGAAGACGGGAAAUGGGUCAAUGAGACAUCCAAAGAGCUUGGCACCCCGGCCAGGAAGAAACACACGAACAAAAGCGAGGUUAAUCUAAAGGAUGUACAAAUAAUUUAUACAUUUUUUUAACGCAAGAGUCACAUCACCUAAAUCAAAUUCCAAUGCUUAAUUAUUCAAAAUUCUGUGUCCGAUUUCUAUUGGUCAGUAACUUGUGCUAUUCUUGAUAUAUUAUCACGAGUGCAAAAUAAUGGGUCUUUUCUCGUGUGUCCAAUAUUAUCUCUAAAUUCAUGUAUAAAUAUCAUAUUUAUAUUCUACUGUGUCUAGUGUGUGUUCAGUAUUAUGUAUGUAUCCUACUGUGUCUAAAAAAAAACUUCCAGUGUUUUUAUGUGUCUACUAUACUAUGUCUAUCAUGGGUCUAUUCUAAUGAGUCUAGUCUGUGUACACUAUCAUGUAUUUUUUUUUACUCUCUUGUUUGUGUCCAGUCGUAUGUGCCUACUCUACUGGGUUUAUGCCAUGUUGAAUAUCAUGUGUCUGCUAUGUCUAUCCUGUGUCCAAUAGUGUGUCUACUCUACUGUGUCUAUAUCUUCUGUCCAAUAUCAUGUGUCUAUAUCUGAUGUGUCCAAUCUCAAAUGCCCCGUGCCCUUGUCCAGCCGAAGACGGAGUCCUCCGCUGCUUCCAGUGCCUCAACUACAACGACAAGGGAGACUACUUCCCGCAGUGCCCCAAGGAUGCACGGGUUAACGCCCAAACUGUGUUCAGCGGCAACUGCACGGGGGCGUGCUUCACAAGGUCAUUCAAGGACAACACAACACGUAGGUCACUGCCACUAUCUAUCAAUAAGACAUUCUCAAACCAGCCUUCGAAACAUCUUGCAUUAUGUUUGGCGACAACUGAGUCUUAGACCUACGUAACACAACGAUAUGAGUAGACACACACGCACACACACACACAUUUGCACGCACGCACACACACACACUCACGGUUGGACGGACGGGCACACAGACAGCAAACACACACACACACACAUUGCUUUGCAUCAAAGUAGGUCAAUUCUUCAGUUUUCUGAGAAACGGAACUUUUUUACCACCUCGUAGUCAGAGGUCAGAGGCCAAGGGUAAAGUCAAUAUGUUAGAAAAGCAAUUUCAUGCAGCCAAUAUAUCUGAAAAAUAAACGAAAAUAUCAUUAAAAAAAUAUUUACCGUUUUACAUUUAACUGGGAAUGCAUGUGUGUGCUAGGAUAUAGUGUAGACGUCCAUGUUUGAGUCCUUUGACAAAUCGAGUGCUCUCUUCCAAUUUUAUUUAGUAGUGAUGGGGGUUAUUUAACUAAUAAAGUUGUUCCCAUUCGCCAAAGAAAACUUCCAAUGGCUGCUUCAUAGUUGGUCCAUUUUUAGUCCACUUCUGGAUACCCCCCCCCCCCAAUGAAGCAAUGUCCAGUGGUGUACGCCUUAUUUUUCCACAGGUGUCGCCCGUGGUUGCACAGAUAGCCAAUACGGACUCCCAUACCCGCUCCCAAAAGAUGGCUGCUAUGACUGGGACGGCGACGUGUGGUGUCUUUGUACCACGCCCAAAUGUAAUGGUAUUGCGCUAGGCAAGUAAUGAUAUUUUGUUAUUUAACAACACACCAAAAAAUACGUUUUUACUAUAAAUCCUUUAUUUGCAUGUUUGAAAUCUCUUAUAUAUUAUAUAUAUAUUGCGCUUCUGGCGUGACUCGUGGACCGCUUCCCAAUGGACUGCUUCUUAACCAGCAAAUUUGGUAUUGAGAGUAUAUUAGAAAUAACUCUAAAUGUUUGAAAGAAAGUCUGGUUCAAUAAUUAGUUAUCUAGCGCGCAAAAUAUAAUUCCCGAUAACAAUGCUAAAUGAUAUGUUUUUAAAAAAAAUAUAAUUCAACUGCGUUUGGCGCGUAAUAUUUUUUUCGGAAAAUGAAAUCGUCUCAAUUUAACUACGGUGUAAAAAAUAUUCGGUUUAAAAGUGGUUGGGACAUCAGAAUAUUUAAUAUAGUUCAUGGGCGUGAAAUAAAAAGUGUGCAGUGACGUAUCAUUGGUGGGGGGGGGGGUGUAACCAAAAGGGGGAUUCUUUAAUUUGCGAUACUUGAGUCCAUGUUUUGUCAAGUAACUUUAGUAGAUGAGAAGUUCACGCAUUGCUGUCGACAAUGUUUAGCGGGCUAUAUGUAGUGUUAUAUUAAUGUUCUAAUUCUUAAAUCCCAUCAGCUUUUACACCGCAGUUUUUUCCCCCAACUAUUUCAGAAAAAAAGAAGAAAAUAUUACUCGCGAAACACAUUGCGAUAUGUUUAAAAAAUAAUCGCAUUUUGCGCAGUUAUCUAGUUAUCGGGAAUUUCAUUACGUGAAAUCAGUGUCGUCAAAUUUCCUUCAUCUUACCAUUGGAAAAGGUGAUUUUGCGGGUUUGGCGAGUGGGGCUGAAAAUUCUGAUUAAAUGUUUUGUCCUCGAUAACAAGUGUACGUGACAAGUUUCAGCGCGAUAGGUUGACGGGAAGUAGGUAAAUUAGCCAUCCGAAACUUUUUCAAACCGAAAGCACACCAACAAAAACGAAGUUAAUAUGGCGAAUUAAAACAAAAACCCGCACACGAAUACAAGGAUCUGUACACUAUCCAGUCACUAAGACAGUCACUAAGACAGUGACUAAGACAGUGACUAAGACAGUCGCUAAAACAGUCACUAAGACAGUCACUAAGACAGUCACUAAGACAGUCACUAAGACAGUCACUAAGACAGUCACUAAGACAGUCACUAAGACAGUCACUAAGACAGUCACUAAGACAGUCACUAAGACAGUCACUAAGAGAACUAUUGGGAUACAUUAUGAUGUUAUUCCAUAACGGACAUAUCCCAGCACACAUUAGAAGGUAUCACAACAAUAUUAUUCUUAUGGCGACAUUUAUUUCUUUGACUGCUUGGCCGACUAUAUUUUGUCAACGACGACGUGGUCUGUCUUUAUUAUUCAUAUGAUGACGUUGUACUGUAUUUUACUUCUAUGAAUUCGUUGUCAUGUCUAUGUUGAUGACUGGAUUAUUUCCCCCCUGCUGUGUUCCAGGUAUGUCAAGUGGUCAGGAACUCGAUGCUCACCUGGACAGUAUAGUCGAAAAUAUCGUAGGUCAGUUUUGCUCGUGCCAUUUAAUGUCAUUCACUGUCAAUGUCAUGUUGAUCAGAGCUCAGCAACUCUCUUUUAAAACAUUUGUCUGCAAACUCUGUUUUAGACAUCUGUCUUCGAGCUCUGUUUUAGACAUAUGUCUUUGAAUUCUGUUUAGACACCUGUCUUUGAACUCUCGUUUAAAACACCUGUCUUUGAACUCUGUCUUAAACAUCUGUCUUUGAACUCUCUUUUAAAACAUCUGUCUUUUAACUCUAUUUUAAACAUUUGUCUUUGAACUCUGUUUUAGACACCUGUCUUUGAACUCUGUUUUAAACAGCCAGCUGCUGUCUUUGAGCUCUGUUUUAGGCAUCUGUCUUUGAACUCUGUUGAAAAAUCUGUCUUUGAACUCUGUUUUAAACACUUGUCUUUGAACUCUCUUUUAACCAUUGUGUCUUUGAUGUCUGUCAUAGACUAUCUUGCAGCUAACCCUCUAUUACAAGCCAUCUUGCCUUCUGUAUUCCAGGAUCUCACUUAAUAAACUAUCAGACAUCCGUCAAUAAACUCUUUGUCAGACACCUGUCAAUAAACUCUUUGUCAGACACCUGUCAAUAAACUCUAUCAGACGUAUGUCAACCAACUCUCUAUCAGACAUCGGUCAAUAAACUCUGUUGGAGAAAUCUUUCUAUAAACAAUCUGUCCGCCAUGUCUCUCCCAAUCUCUGUACCGUCAAACGAAUCCAUCCAACUAACACCAAGAAGUUCACCAACAGAAGAGGACGGCAUCAACCGGUGCUACCAGUGCAUCAACUACGACUCGGACGGCAACUACUACAAGCAAUGUCCUAAGGACGCAAGGGUCAGGAACGCCUUCUUAGGUCCCUGCAAUGGCACCUGUUUCAUUAGGUCAUAUGAUUAUGAUCCGAGAUGUAAGUUAUAAAUACUAGCCAAUCUUUAUUGUUUCAUUAGGUCAUAUGAUUAUGAUCCGAGAUAUAAAUUAUAAAUAUUGGCCAGUCGCACCUAAUUUUAUUUAGGUCAUAUGAUAAUUGUGUUAGAUGUAGACAAUAAAUUAUAGUAGCUAAUGACAGCUAUUUCUUCAAUUCAUAUACACAUGAUCAGAUGUGUAUUUUAAGCAUGGUACACAAUAGAGCAAAGGAAAUUUUGUAUGAUGAUCUAUUGUCAGUGGAGAAGGUUGCCUUGGUGAUAUACUUGCAGCUUUCAGGAUGGCGAAAAAUUGUGUAUGUUGCGCACCAUGGCUAAUAACUUUUGGUGCAUCCUUGCGGAAUAGAUUCCUAUUUAUUAAUUUGGAUCACAGUAGCUGAAAAAAUAUGUGCGGUGGCUCUAAGGCCCGGGGUUACUUUAAUGUCGGGAUGGGAGAAGGGCCUUGUCUGAAAGACACACAUUUCAAGACCUGUAUAAAAUGUGCUCUUUUUUUGUCCAGUACAGACCGGUCUUUCAGUUUUGUAAAAAAAAAAAAAUUAUAAAAAAAUGAAAAAGUUUUUAAUGAUUGUAUUACAAGACAUUUGUGACGUCAUGGACAUCUUUCAAGAAAUGUUAUGAUCUUUUUCCCCCAUACUUAAGUGGUUGCCAGAGGUUGCACUGACACACAGUACAAUUUACCCAACCCGCUCCCACCUGAUGGUUGCUACAAAUAUUACUCGGAAGUCUGGUGUGUCUGCUCUACUUCAAGGUGCAACGGUGUCGCUUUAGGUAAGGGAAAUAAACCGAAUGUAAGGGUAAGGGAACUAAACCAACUAUAGGCGUAACUACGAUAAGGGAGAUAUUAUUGGUAAGGGGAAGUAACGUAGUUGCAUCAACAUGAUAAAAGGGUGAAAGGACAUAUAAAAAUGCAGAUGAGUGUUUAAAAUGUUUUAAUCCAUUCGGUUUGAAGGUGAUGGUCAUAAAUAUGUUUCUUAUUUUCUUAAUAAGGUGAUUGAAACAGUGCAUUCUGAUCACGCAGUCUUAACAUGCACACUGCACGUCUUAGCACCCAGACCUCAUCUUAACAUACACACUACAUGUGUCAAAAUGUAUAACUAGUCUUAACAUUGUCACUGCAUGUUACAACACCCAGACCUAGUCGUAACUGUUAAAAAUUGUAAUGUUUUUCGUCAAGAUGAUCACAUUUUGGCGAAGAUCAAAGAGAAGCACCCUUUACCGUCACGUAACCAAACCUAUGUGGCGGACUCGUGAUACCUCGCUUUGUGCCUGGGUCAUGGUGGAGAAGAUCGGCGGAAUAGUGAGUUAGCAGCAGCAGGGCCAAGAGACCUGCAAGGGCCAAGAGACCUUCCAGGGCCAAGACCACCCAGGGCCAAGAAACCACCCAGGGCCAAGAGACCCGCCAGGGUCAAGAGACCCGCCAGGGCCAAGAGACCCGCCAGGGCCAAGAGCUCCACAAGAGCAGGCUUUGAAGGGAUGACCCCAGUAUAGCAGUAUAACAGGGGCCUGCGCCCCCCCCCCCACACGCACACACAAAAAUAUAGAUAAAAUUAAAUUAAAAAAUAAUACUAAAAAUUUCUAGUUUCAACAUCCAGACCUAGUCCUAAUCAACAUGCACCAUUGAUACCUCACAACACUAACCGAACCUAUUCUAAAAUGACCACUUGGAGUUUCAGAGCCGUAACAGGUCAAACUGACCCCACUGAGCUCAGAAGUUAAACCUCACAUAAAUAAAGUUGUUCAAAUAUUUUACAGGGAAACCAUUGGACGUUGAGUUUGAUGCCCAUCUCAACCACGGGGGAUCUGGAACCUCGCAUUCUCGGCUCCUGCAGGCGUCCACACCCGUUCUCGUGUGCAGUCUUCUUUUACACCUCAAGCUAACGCACAGUCCAUGACAGCAUUUGUGACAUUUUGCAGUGUACGAUCCCCGUAUCCAUGGCAACGUUUGUGACAUUUCGUACUGCAAGAAUACCGAUUGCAUGUCAACAUGAGUUAGUUUUUCUACUGUAAGAGCACCGUAUCCAUGGCAACAUUUGUGACACUUUUCUACUGUAAGAGCAUCCUAUCCAUGGCAACAUUUGUGACAUUCCUCUACUUUAAAAGCGUGGUCUCCUUGGCAACAUUUGUGACAUUUGGCAUUUAAGAACAAAAUAGUAAUUUCAACAUUUUUGACAUUUUGUACGGUAUGAACAGCAUCUCCAUAGCAACGUUUUUUUGACAAUUUGUACUGCAAGAAUAUCUACCGCAUGUUAAAAUUAGUUAAGUUUUUCUACUGUAAGAGCACCGUAACCAUGGCAACAUUUGAAAAAUUUUCUACCAUUAAAACUCAAAAGCCUCGGGGUAUGUUUCGGGGACCGAUGUAAAUAAGAUGAAUGCUAUUUAUAGAUUUAUGUUUGAGAUAUAAUUUAUGUUUGUGAUAUUUAUUUAUUUUGAACUAUGGCAUUAAAUUAAAUGUGAAAAAAUACCUAAAUGAUUGUUUCUUGUGCCGUUAUUAUAUCCAGGGAUGGCUGAGAAGGUCUUUUGUGAAUGGAGUACCAUGAUCUGUACGUCUGCGGGGAGUAAGUUAAAGGACAUUAAAACAACAAAGCCAAAUGUCACCCAGGUUAUAUAUCAACCAGACUAUAUGUCAACUAGGCUGUAUAUCAACUACGCUAUAUGUCAACCAGGCUUUAUGCCAACCAGGUCUAUAUCAACCGGGCUAUAUGUCAACUAGGCUAUAAGUCAACUAGGCUAUAUGUCAAUCAGGCUAAAUAUCAACCAGGCUGUAUGUCAACUAGGCUAUAUCAUGUCAACCACACUAUCUGUCAACCAGGCUGUAUGUCAACAAGGCUAUAUCAUGUCAACCAUACUAUCUGUCAACCAGGCUGUAUGUCAACAAGGCUAUAUCAUAUCAACCACACUAUCUGUCAACCAGGCUGUAUGUCAACUAGGCUAUAUCAUGUCAACCACACUAUCUGUCAACCAGGCUGUAUGUCAACUAGGCUAUAUCAUGUCAACCACACUAUCUGUCAACCAGGCUGUAUGUCAACAAGGCAUAUCAUGUCAACCACACUAUCUGUCAACCAGGCUAAAUGUCAACCAGGCUAAAUGUCAACCAGGCUGUAUGUCAACUAGGCUAUAUCAUGUCAACCACACUAUCUGUCAACCAGGCCAGAUGCGGCCCACAAUAGCAUUUUAAUCUGGCCAUAUAAAAUAAAUAUAUAUAUUUUUUUAUUAUAGGAGGGCCUCACUAUGUUAGAUUUCUACUUAACAAUGUAUUUACAUCAGCUAAUUAAAUAAAUAGAUAGACUGUACAUUUUUUUGCUCGAUACCACAGACAACGUAAUUAUGGAUCCGAGUUCAUUAAUAAUUGUUGUGGCUGGAUAUUAUGUUUGAUUACGCGCGGUAUGUGUUUUUUAGAGAGAUUAACUCGUUAGUGAACGCUCUUCUCGCGCUUGACUAGGUGACGUAAAUUUUUUUUUUUUAUGGUUGUUAUGACGUAUUGUCUAGUCUGUUUUGUGACGUAUGUUUUUAUUCCUUCGGUAGUCGCGAAAGGAACUUUGUGGAAGGAGGUUGUGUUUUUGUUUCCUCUCUGAUAGCGAGCUGCGCUAUGCAUGUGCAUAUGGAAUUAACAUUCUGUGAAUCUACAUUAUAUAUUAAAGUUGUAUAAACUACG